AAAAAGAAAAUUAGUUCCAAUUUCCCAAUAGAAGAAAAGGGUUUUAGGUUUAAGUUUUGACAGAGCUGCCAUGGAAGAACCUCUAAUAGCAGCACAAAAUCCGAGGAUAAGAGGUAGACAUAUCAAGAAAAGAGCCCUAAAGAACAAAGCCCUUACUGUCUCUUUCGAUGAAAAAGACCUCAAGGAUUUUGUAACUGGUUUUCAUAAGAGAAAGAAGAAGAGAAGAAAAGAAGCGCAAGUACAAUUGGAAGAAUCCCUGAGAAGGAAACGUAUUGAGGCUCGUAAAAAGAGAAAGGAGGAAAGAGAAUUUGCCAUCUUUGGUGGAGCUGCUCCUGAUUCAGCUGCUGUAACUGAUGAACCUGAUGAUGACCUCGAUGACGACGAGGAAAAUGAGCGUAAUGCAACAGUCUCAGGGACUACAACAUAUGACAAUGGCGAUGUGCAAGUCAUCGUGACAACAAGUGAGUUAUCGCGUGAAGAAGAAGAAUCCCCAGCUCAAGUGCCGCCACCAUCAGCAGUAGUUCAACAUACCGGAGAAACUAAAAACAGCAAACGAAACAUUCCAGUAAGUAAGAAGAAACCAUUCAAGAAAGCUGCGAAAAAGAGAUCUCGGCCCAAGCCACAGAGUAAGAGAGAUAAGAGGAAAGGUAAAAUGAAGAACAAGAAGCAUCAGCAGUAGCAUUUUUUUGUAUCUUUAACCUUGGCCUCUUCUCCUUCAAUGAAAAAGAGAUUAAAAUGUCUCAUCCGUAGCGCCUUUUUUCAUUUAUUUGCGAAUAUUUUUAGCAUAUAGUAUUUUAAUUUCUUGUUUAUGUGAUGACUAAGGUUUGUUCACAAUGAUUAAUAUGGACGGAUUAUUUUUCUCAAUUAUUUAUUUGUGUAAAA